UGCGCACCUUUGAUGCCAAACUGGUCUCGAGUCAACCAGGAGCACAUUGUUGGGUUUCUCUGCAACCUUCCUAUAUUCAGGAUGUUUUUUAAUAAAACAGCUUUUGAAAUUGAACUCGAAUUAUUCCUCACGUUAUUCGGUUUUCUGGGAUGUUUGCGCAGUAAAAUUAGACAAAAAGUGAGAUCUCAUGGAAACGUGUCACUCUCUUGGAGGUGAGGAGGAUAUUUUUAUUUUUGAGACGGGGCUCUGAUGCCUCUGGCUGUGAUCGCCGUUUCUUCAAGUAUUAUGUAGGUCAUUCACUUCAGUGGACAUGCUGCUUACCACCCGGGUUCUCCUUUCAGUCCCCCACCAGUUCUGAACGAGUGGGCUGCCUGCUGCUGCUGAAAGGCAUGCCUCGCCUCACUCUGCCACAGCUCUUCUCUCUGCUCUAAACUCGGGGUGUUAAUGGGUACUAACUGGGAAGUGUGAGGUGGGGGAUGCUGGCUGUGUUCAGCACGCUGGAUAGCGCCCUGGGAAGUUGGAAGGACGCGCGGGCGCACCGGGAUUUUAACUGAAUUUAAUCUGGGAGUCUGCUGGAGACAUGAGCGGCGGCUGAUCAUGACUUGUUUCAGGUGCUUGUUUGCAGCCAACAGGCGCAGGUAACCUGAGAGGGUUAUUUUUAUUUCUCUCCUGUAAGACAUGGACUUUGCUGAAAUUCUCUUCGCUCUGUUCAUCGUCGUGGUCGCGGUCGUGUCGCUGCUGUCAAACUUGUUAGUGCUGCUAUGUUUCGUCCACAGCAGCGAGAUCCGCCGGCAGGUGCCAGGCGUCUUCACCAUGAACUUGUCCUUCUGCAACAUCCUCAUCACCGUGCUCAACAUGCCGGCCACCCUGCUGGGGGUCGUCAGGAACCAGAAACCCUUCGGGGACUGCGUUUGCCACACGGUGAGCUUCCUGGAGACUUUCCUGACUGCAAACACCAUGCUGAGCAUGGCCGCGCUCAGCAUCGACCGCUGGAUCGCAGUAGUCUUUCCGCUCAGCUACGCCACCAAGAUGCGCUACAAGGACGCGGUGAUCAUGGUAGGUUACUCCUGGCUGCACUCCUUCACCUUCUCCCUGACGGCGCUGCUCUUCUCCUGGGUGGACUACAGCGACGUGUACGCGUCCUGCACCCUGCAGCCCAGCGGGGGAGGCAGCGACAGAGUUAGGUUCACGAUUUUCACCGUGGUUUUCCACGCCACCAGCUUCGUCCUGUCACUGCUCAUCCUGUGCUUCACCUACCUGAAAGUGCUGAAAGUGGCCAGGUUUCACUGCAAGAGGAUCGACAUCAUCACCAUGCAGACUCUGUUUCUGCUGGUCGAUAUUCACCCAAGCGUCAAACAAAGGUGUUUGGCUGAGCAGAAGAGGCGAAAGCAGAGAGCCACAAAGAAGAUCAGCAUCUUCAUCGGCUCAUUUAUCAUCUGCUUUGCUCCUUAUGUAAUUACAAGGUUGGCCGAACUUCUCCCAUUCGUAGACAUCAACCGCCACUGGGGAAUCAUCAGUAAGUGCCUGACAUACAGCAAGGCUGCGUCCGACCCAUUUGCCUAUUCGUUGCUGCGUCAGCAGUACAGAAAAGUCUUGGUUACAGUCGUCAACAAGGUGCUACGCCGUGACCUGUACCCUUCAUCGGGCCACAACAGCUCGUUGGACACGGAAAACGACUACUGUCUUCAGAGAAUCAGUUAAUGAGAAAUGUGACAGAUAUGGACGAGACAGAUACUUUCCGGCAGAGAAAGUGGGCCCCAAAUAAAGAUUGGCUCAAGAAGAGCAGGUGGGCGGGUGGAGGAGACGGAGUGAGGAGAGAGAGACUACAAGGUAUUGUUAGGGAGGGGAGAGGAGAGUGGAGAUAAAGGGGACAGAUUGUGGGUGGAGGGCGAGGAAGGAGCAAAAAAAGAAAUGAAGUGGGUGGAGAGGAAUGGAAAGGCAGGGGUGAGUGGGAGGAUGGACGGGCAGAGAUAUGAAGCAGGGAGAAGUAAUGUAGGGGAGACAGGUGAGGAGCGGUAGGAUGGUUUUGGUAAACAGCAGGGUCUGCGAUUCAUCAACCACAGCAAAUCAUACAGAAACCAACCCCCCCCAGGUUCUUGCUUGCUUCUGGAAACCUUCAGAGAACGGACACACUAGGACACGUACUGACUCGUUUGGGCUAGAAAGCUUCUCAGUGUCCCGUCAGUCACUGAAUAUGGAUGCACUUUGUCUAAGAACAUUUCCUUAAACUUCUGUAGUUACAGGAGACAGAAACUCUUAGCUUUUGCAGGAUGAGCCUGGUGAUAUUUUAUAUUGUUGUUACUGUCAACAAGUUUCACAACAAGGUAAAAUUAUAAAAGGUGUUACUUUGUCUCUCAGUACUUUACAGUUUCCACACAGCAUGUCUAUUUUGGGCCGCAUUGGAGUGGCUAAAGGGGAGAAAUUCUGAUCCCCAACCAGAAUCAAAGAAAAAAAUGGUGCAGCUGAAUGGUCAAUAAAUGGUAAACGGACUGAAUUUAUAUAACGCUUUUCCAGUCAUAUUGACUACCCAAUCACAUUCAUACACUGAUAGGCAGAUAAGUAGGCCACAUAUGCUCACUAAUCUACCUCUGGAGUCCUGAAAGACCAAUCUUAAGGCCAGCAACUGUUUUUCUUCUGUAGAAAAUGUGACUCAUUAUAUUUUGUGAUUUUGUUUUAUUACCUUCUCUGCAGUUAUCAAUGCCCAGAUCUACCAAACAACGAAAAGCCUAACAUUUAACUGGGACCAGAUGCAUCAAGUUUGCAAUAGGUGUGUAACAUUUAAUGUGAGUGAGCACAAAGUAAGAAUUUUAAAUAUUUCUCACCUGGUUUUCAAACCCUGUAUUUGAAUCACAUGUAUUGAUCCCGAUGAUUUUAAAACUGUACAGUACCUUGCAAAAAUAUUCACUCCCCUUGAGCUUUUUUCCAUUUUGUCAUGCUGUAAUGACAAACUUAAAUGUAUUUUAUUAGGGAUUUAUGUGAUGGACCUACACAAAGUAGUACACAUCUAGAGACUGAAAACUUUGCCAAUUCUUGAUAGCUUGAGCUUGGUCAGAUUGGAUGGAGAGCAACUGUAAACAACAUUUUCCAGUCCUGCCAUGGAUUCUCAGUUGAAUUUAGGUCUGAAUUUUGACUGGACCCUUCUAAAGCAUGAAUAUGGAUCAUCCCAAGUCUUUUGCAGCUUCUUACAGGUUUUGCUUCAGCAAUGCCCUGUAUUUAGCUCUGUCCAUCAUCCCAUCAACUACACAGCAUGAGACUGCCACCAUCAUGUUUCACUAUCAGGAUGGUGUGUAUUGUUAGUUUCCUCUACUCAUAAGCAUCUUGCAUGUAGUCCAAAAACUUACAAGUUUGUUUUCAUCUGCACUGAGCAAUUUUCUUCCACAUGUUUCUCCUACAUCACUUUUGGCAAACUUCAAACAAGACUUUGUUAAGCUUUCUUUCAACAAUAGCCUCCAUAAGUGUCAAAAGUGCAGACAAGUGCAGACAGGCAGUCAGAAAUGUUUUAUAAAAAGAACCUGGGCGUGGUUUAGAAGGCAGUCAUGGAUGUGGCAUGGACAGGCAUGGCAUAGUAAACAGUAUACUCCAGCAUGGAGUAAACAAAUCGGAAGAGUAGAUAUAGGGCAUGACACAGGUGGAAACAGUGAGACUGAUGGGCAUGGAGCAGGUGAACUGAAUGAAGCUGACUAUGGUCUGACAGUAGCAGGGAGUGGUAACCGAAACAUGACUGGAGCUAAGGACCAAAGGAAAAUCUUGCAUCAAAAUGCACAAAACACAAAACAAGUAAGAAACAAAAUCUAAAGGAAUAAAACUACAGCACCACCUGGAAAACACAAACAGAUAAGAGGAAAAACCCAAAACAAAACUCAAACACCUACAAAUCAUGACCCGUAAGGGCCAGAUUUCUGGAGUGUAUAACUAAUAGUUGUCCUGUCAACAUUUUCUCCAAUCUGAGCAGUGGAUUUCUGCAGCUCCUCCAGAGUGACCAAGGCUUUUUCGCUGCUUGGCCGAUUGCCUGUCAGCUUAGCCAUGUGUUGGUAGGUUUGCAGCUAUUUUCACAUGGUGAAUUAAACAGAGCUCUAUGUGAUGUUCAAUUUGGGGUGUUGUUUUAUAACCUUACUCUGCUUUAAACGUAUCCACAACAUUCUCCUGUCCUUUCUGCUGUGUUCCUUGGUCUUCAUGAUCCUGUUUGUUGUUCUCCAAUAAACCUCUCAGGUUCUACUGAGAUUUAAUUAGAUGCAGACAUGGACUUUGGUUCUCUUAUUUACUAAGUAGCUGACCUGUGAAGAUAAUUAGCCAAACUGCAAUUCUAUUCUGGGGAAUCAGAGUAAAGGGGGCUUAAUAAAAAUGCACACCAGACUUUUCAGAUUUUGUUAAUGAACAAAUGUGAAAACUAUAUAUCCUUUUCCUUCUUCACAAUUAUGAAUGACUUUGUGUUGGUCUAUAAUAUAAGCUAAAAAUAAAAACAAUACAGUGACAUUUCUGGCAUUGCAAGGCACUGUACAUGCUUGUACAUGACUUCUUAUCUCUAAUCAUGCUGGUGCACUUCCUCCCACGGUAAAUUACUGUUGGCACAACAGAUUAAUUAUGUAUGACAAUGAAAGCAACUGCAAAAAGACGUGCAAUUUUGCUAAUUUUAACACCCAACUGAUAAGCAGCGAACACUAAAUCUGUUUCAUUUUUGUGCUCAGUCAUUUCUGAACAUUCACAGUAAAGGAACAUAUAUGAAUAUAUGAGUAUAUGAAUAAAAUACUGCAAUGGACUGGUGACCUGUCCUCUCGCCCGUAGACUGCUGGAGAUAGGCACCAGCUCCAACGUGGCCCACUAUGGAAUACGUGCUAUAGAAGGUGAAUGAAUGAAUGAAUGAAUGAAUAAAUGAAUAAAUGAACGAAUAAAAUAAAGGCCUGAUGUUGAACCAAAGGGGAAAGAGAAGUAUCAACAUACUCAAAGACUACAAUAGGAAUGAGCCAGGUAUAUAUUAAUAUCAUGAAAUUACCUAAUUUUAUUUAUUCUGAAUUUUGUUUUGUUAUCUAAGCACAUUUCUUCAAUUUUAACCUGAUUUCCGCAGACUUUAAUUUCUCUAAGAACCUCUGUUCAUUUAGCUUAAGGAACAUGUGAUGGAGGAACCUUCUUAUUGCAUACACAUAUUCAUCCGGCCCGUGUCAAAAGUCUAAAUACUGUAAAAGCUGACUUUGUUUUGACUAAAUUCACUUUAAACAGUGCCCCUUCACAUUUAUUCGCAUUCAUUGUAAAGAUGGGUACCAUCCUUAAAAUUAGUUUUUGUUGCAGUAUCUUAAUCUCACACAGGAAAAUCCAACAUUUCAUUUGGAGAACAUUUAUUAAAUUAGAAAAGAAAACUAUACCAGUGCCACCCCAACCACUUACUAUAAAAAAUGUAACUGAUUAUGUAGUUUUUGUUCUCUAGUUUUCAAUCAAUCAGGGUGUCUAGGAAUUUUUAAUCAUUCAUCCAAGACUUCCUGUUGCCCUUGGUUACAACCAUGCUGCGACACUUAGGCCAAUUAUUCUUAGCUACUCUUAAAAUGGUAAAGACAAGAUGCAGAUGUUUGCUAAACUUCAUAUCUUCUCACCUACCCUUAUAUCUACAGUCAGAGCAAUAAUCCGUUGGCCUUUAGAAGUCACAUAAUUAAUAGGGUCCAGAAUACUUCAGUGUGGUUUAAACUUAGUAAAAAUAAAGCUGUUCUGUUCUAAUUGUUAUUUUUAAGGAUCCUGUUGUGACCCAGAUGCAGACAGGCACAAAGUUUAAAUUUACUGUACUUACACUGUUUAUAUUUGUGAUGCAGCUGCCAGCGAGGGAGUAUACAAUCCAGGUAAUUGAAAAUUAGCUGACUUCUGAAGAAAACUAUUUGCACUGAAUUUUAUUUACAGGUAUUGAAGUACAUGGGGGCUGAGUUCAAAUGUACCUGUGUCACUUUUCAGAUUUGUAAUUAUAAAAUAUUUGGCAAACCAUGAAAUUUAUUUCCACUUUACAAAUAUACACAGCUUGUUUUGGUCUAUUACAUAAAAUAUUAAUAAAAUAUAUUGAAGUUUGAGGUUAUAAUAUGACAAAAAUUAUUUUAUCGUUUUUCAAUGCACUGUAUAUGUUGAGGCCAUGUCUUCAGUUUAAGUUUUGCACUACAUUUCAGUUGUGACCUUAUGAUUGUGCUCUCCAGGAGGCAACAGUAACAUGAAGUUUUCACAGCUCAUUUUAAUUUCUCGUGGCCUCAGAGCCUCGUAAUUCCUUCAACCCCAAACCUCUGUGAUCCGAAACACAGAACGAUUGAUCAGGUGACCUCAUCCAAAUCGGAAAGUACGUACACGCAUCCGUGAAUUCUGGAAAGCAUGCUGAAAAUAAUGUGGCGAAAACACUUGAUGAAAUUAAAAUCAAUCAACUGAUGCACAAACAGUUUGUAUUUUUUCAUGGACUUUGUUGACAGUGAAAAACUCCUGCACAUCACCAGACUCACUCUUCGAAGUACCAGUUAGCAGCUGAAUGUACUAGAUAGCCCACUUCUAACUGAGAUGUAUUUGUCCAAACAGCCUCUGUUUAUUGCCAGUUGACUGGUUCCUAUGGACAUCAACGCAAGCUGAGUGACGUAUUUUGCACUGUACUGUACAGGAGCAGCUUCUUGUCUAGACUGUUGAGGACAAACUCGAUGUAGCACAGCCAUGGUCUCUCUAAGUGCUUUAAAUUACACUGUUUUUGUGUAGUGUUUGUGCCAAGUUUAUAUAUAACUGACGCUUUUCAGCCCGUUAUACUAUUACAGCGGCUGCUUUGUUUAGUUAAUUUAGAUGUGUUUUACCCACAUGAAUAUUUUCCCUACUGUGAGCCACUUGCUAUUCUCUGAACGAGUGAUUAUUGGACUAUGUGCAAUAAAAACUGUUAAUUCUAAAGCUGCCACAAUUGGGUUCAAAUGUUUGAAUUAAUGAGUUCCACAUUUACCUGACCAAGAUGUCUAAAAAGAUAUGAAAUCCUCCUUGAUUUUAGAACCCUAAUCUCAAACUAAAAAACAGAAAAACUCAAAGCUGCAUUGUUGCAUAUUGAUUUUGUGAAGAAAAAUAUCCAUGUUAAGA